AUGGUUAUCGUGAAGAUAUUACAUUUUCUGAUGCAUGGCGCCGAGGAUAUCAUGGUGGUAGGACAAGAAUUAGCCCUAAAGAGUAUUUCUCGUUCUAUAUACAUUAGAAGAACUCAUCAGAAGGCGUUGUGUUGUGAUGCUUAUCAGGGUUUGAGCGAUGCACUAACAAGGGGCGAAUUAGAUCCCACAAAUCGGGGUAAAAGAAUUAUACUACCAUCAUCAUUCACAGGCGGAGCUAGGCACAUCGGUUAUCCUCAUUUGUUCAUAACAUUCAACCCGAAGUGGCCUGCGAUUGAGCGGUAUGUUACACAACGUGGGCUUAAAGUAGAGGAUAGACUCGAUACUGUUUGCCGCUUGUUUAAGAUGAAACAUGAUGUUAUGAUUGAAGAGGUCAAGACAGAAAAACUGUUUGGCGACAUAUGUGGAGACCCAGAUGCCGACAAUGAGUACAAUGACGCAGUUAGUGAAUUUAUGUUGCACGGACCAUGCGGACAACUCCGGAAGAAUUCGCCAUGCAUGGUAAAUGGUAAAUGUUCAAAGUAUUUCCCAAAAACAUAUGUUAGUGAGACAAUUCUUGAGAAAGAUGGUUACCCAAUCUACAGAAGGCAUGACAAUGGAUGCAAAAUCAGUAAGAAUGGAGUCCAACUUGAUAACCGUUACGUUAUCCCGCAUAAUAAACAUCUGCUUCUAAAAUAUCGCGCACAUAUUAACUUUGAAUGGUGCAACCGGUCGAGAUCGAUAAAAUAUUUAUUCAAAUACGUCAAUAAAGGAAAUGAUCGAGUCACGGCAGAGUUCAUGAGUAAUUCUACAAAUGCAGUCAGUGGUGAUGUGGUCGAUGAGAUUAACAGGUACUACGAUUGUCGCUACAUAUCGGCAUGUGAAGCUACCUGGCGGCUGUUUGGGUACGUGAUCCAUUAUCGCACGCCACCUGUGGAGAGGUUAAAUUUUCACUUAAAUAUCCAACAGAAUGUUGUCUAUGGGGUAGAUCAAAGCCUCGACGAGAUUGUCGAGAACCAAACGGUUAAGCAGAGCCAGUUCACAGCUUGGUUUGAGGCAAACAAAAAAUAUGAAGAUGCUCGGUCGCUCACUUAUGCAGAGUUCCCCGGUAAGUUUGUUUGGAGACAAGACGUGCGUGAAUGGCAUCCAAGGAAGAAAGGAUUCUCCAUAGGACGAUUGUUCUAUGUUCUUUCAGGGUGUGAAGAAUUAUACUAUCUAAGAUGCCUUUUAAAUAUCAUACGUGGACCUUCAAGCCACGAGGAUAUUCGCACUGUUGGGGGUCAUUCACAAAUCAUUUAG